AAAAAGGGCAAUGUUAAACAAAUACAAAAGUCAAGCAAACGAGAUCCUUUUCUCCCCCAACAUUGUGUAACCCGUCUUCAUCUCGAUACUCCAUAGUUCGACUUGGAGUCCGCAGCUUCCGAUGCCGUUCCGAUCAGUCUUCGACGCCGGCGAGAUCCAGUCGGAGUUCGAAAACGCCGCCAUCAACACCAAAUUCAUCCCACUGAUAUGGAAGCACCUUAUUCACAACCCCGACGCCGAAUUCGACCAAGUCCCCUCCUUGCCCUCCUCGGCCUACCUUCUUCUCCGCUCCAAGUUCAAGCUUCUCACCUCCGCUCUCCACUCCCCUACCGACUCCUCCGACGGCGUCACCACCAAGCUCCUCAUCAAGCUCCAGAGCGGAGCUCUCGUGGAGGCGGUGAUAAUGCGGUACGACACUCGGUUGGGAAAAUACGCCGGGAAGCCUCGGCCGGGCGGUCCCAGAGCGACCUUGUGCAUAUCAUCUCAGGUUGGCUGCAAGAUGGGUUGCAAGUUCUGUGCCACUGGGAGCAUGGGGUUUAAGAGCCAUUUGACGUCGGGGGAAAUCGUCGAGCAGUUGGUUCAUGCGUCUCGCUUAGCGCCUAUACGCAACGUCGUUUUUAUGGGAAUGGGGGAACCAUUAAAUAACUAUUCUGCUUUAGUGGAAGCAGUUCAUGUCAUGACUGGAUCACCAUUUCAGUUGUCACCAAAAAGAAUAACUGUAUCAACGGUUGGCAUAGUUCAUGCUAUCAACAAGCUUCAUAGUGAUCUUCCUGGUCUGAACCUAGCAGUUUCACUGCACGCACCAGUUCAAGAUAUUCGUUGCCAGAUCAUGCCUGCGGCUCGGGCAUUUCCUUUGGCAAAACUGAUGGAUGCACUGCAAGAAUAUCAAAGGAAAAGCCAACAAAAGAUCUUAAUCGAGUACAUAAUGCUUGAUGGGGUGAAUGAUGAGGAGCAACACGCACAUCAACUUGGCAAGUUGCUAGAGACACUUGAAGUGGUUGUGAACUUAAUACCAUUCAAUCCAAUCGGUUCACUGAGUCAAUUCAGAACCAGCAGCGAACAGAACACAUCCAGCUUCCAGAAAACUCUAAGAGGUACCUACAACAUCCGCACAACAAUCCGUAAACAAAUGGGUCAAGAUAUAAGCGGGGCAUGUGGUCAGCUGGUGGUGUCUCAAUCCGAUAAGAGGUCCGUCGAGAAUCCACUCCUAGUGGACAUAGAAGAUCUUCGGGUGAGAUAGUCCAUCCUCAAUUUUGGAGGGGUAGUACUGACAUCAAAUUGUGGUCAAAAUAGUCAUGAAGAUUUCACAUUGGUUAGAAUUUGAGUUAUUUUUCCAAGUUGCAGUUCCCUUCAACUUUUGUGUAUGAGUUUUAGUAGUUCUAGGUCGUGCACUUGUAAUAUUCCAAAGUAUUUUAGGUGUAAGUUGCAUUCCGAGAACAUAUUAUUUUCAAUAUAACUAAAAUUUUUCCUUA